CACCGAUCAGCACCAGCGUCUGUAUGCGCAGGAAGCUGUCUCGCCACGCUGCAAGGGAACAGCAGCAUACAACACGACUCAAGGCCACGGAAUUGAAAGUGCACAAACAACCCAAGCAAAAGCUGUCAUCUGAGCAGCACAUAAACACAGUCACAAUGGCUAAUCUGGAACAGUGGGUUAGUGACCAGCUCCAUGACAUCCUGGGUUUGAGUGACCGAUAUGUGGCCCAGUUCAUGAUCGGUCUGGUGAAGAAGUCUUCUGGACCUCAGGACUUUGUGGCUCGGCUUCAGCAAACCGGAACCAUUGAUAUUGAUCAAAGAAUCACAGCGUUUGCACAUGAGCUGUACAACAAAGCUCCCAAAAAACAUGUGGCAGAAAAACCUGCCCGGGCGGUGGAACGACAAGUCAUGGAAAUGGAGAGAAAGAACAGAACCUACACUCUUCUGGAGGACAGUGAGAGUGAUGGAGAGACAGCCAGAGAAAGAGGAAAAGAGAAGAAAAGUAAAGACCGGGACAAAGGAAAGAAGAGAAAACACCUCAGACAGAAACGAGACGAAAGUCCAUCGUCCAGUGAAGAGGACAGCAAAAAGAGUACAAAAGUCAUGGGCGAGCCAAAAAAAGCUGCUAAAGAAGAGGAGGAGGAAGAAUGGGAGCGGGAAGAGAGAGAGAGACUUCAAGAUCUGGAGGAGAGGGAUGCAUUUGCUGAACGAGUGAAACAGAAGGACAAAGACAAGACGAGACACAUACUUGAGAGAAAUGACAAAAAGGCUUACGAGGAAGCUCAAAAAAAACUCAAAAUGGCUGAAGAGGAUCAAAAGAAAAUGCUUCCAGAGUUAAGGAAACAGUCACGUUGGCAGUAUCUGAGCAAAAGAGAGCAGGAGAAGAUUGAUGACCUCGAGGCUGAAAUUAAGGACGAGGAAUACCUCUUCUCCACUCAGAACCUCACAGAUCGGGAAAAGAAAGAUUUAGAUUACAAGCGGAAGGUCAGAGACCUGGCCCAAGACUACAAGAAAGCUGGAGCGAAAGAAAAAGAGGAGAGAAAGAACAGAUACUACAUGCCAGAGGAGAAAAGAAACAAGUCCAUUCCUCAGAAAGACAUGGACCUGGAGUUUGAAGAGACUCCCAGAGAGGGAGGUGGGGAGCAGGGCCGCUGGGAGGAGGCGAGAGUGGCCACUGCCACCCUGCAGUUCGGGGCCAGAGAAGAGCGGGAACGCCGGAUAAAGGAGGAGCAGGAGAAAUACCAGCUCAUUUUAGAGGAAGAGGAGAUGAUCAACUUCGUCAGCACGGCCAUUACUAUGAAAGGAUCACUGUCAGAAAUGGAAAGUGAACCUGAGUUAUCACAAGCUGAGAAGCAGAAGCAAUCCCUCCAGGAAGUGAGACGCAGUCUUCCCAUCUUUCCUUACAGACAAGAUCUUCUCGCUGCCAUCAGAGACCACCAGAUCUUGGUCAUAGAGGGUGAAACCGGAUCUGGCAAGACCACCCAGAUCCCUCAGUAUCUCCUGGAAGAUGGGUACACUAAUGGAGGAAUGAAAAUUGGCUGUACUCAACCUCGAAGAGUGGCGGCCAUGUCUGUAGCAGCCAGAGUCGCACAGGAAAUGAGUGUCAAAUUAGGAAAUGAGGUGGGCUACAGCAUCCGUUUUGAAGACUGUACGUCAGAACGCACUAUCCUGAAGUACAUGACUGACGGCAUGUUACUCAGAGAGUUUCUUACAGAGCCCGACCUCGCCAGCUACAGUGUGAUCAUCAUCGAUGAGGCCCACGAGCGAACAUUGCACACAGACAUCCUCUUCGGUCUAAUCAAAGACAUUGCACGUUUCCGCCCUGAUCUGAAGGUUCUGGUGGCCAGCGCCACUCUGGACACGGAGCGCUUCUCCUGCUUCUUUGAUGAUGCACCAGUAUUUAGGAUUCCAGGUCGUAGGUUUCCCGUGGAUAUCUACUACACAAAGGCUCCGGAGGCCGACUACCUGGAAGCAUGUGUUGUGUCAGUGCUACAGAUCCAUGUCACUCAGCCGGCUGGAGACGUACUGGUCUUCCUCACAGGACAGGAGGAGAUUGAAGCGUGCUGUGAACUUCUACAGGAGAGAUGUAGGAGACUGGGCUCGAAGAUAUCUGAACUCAUUGUUCUGCCCAUCUAUGCCAACUUGCCUUCAGACAUGCAGGCCAAGAUCUUCAAUCCCACUCCGCCUGGAGCACGCAAAGUUGUGGUGGCCACAAAUAUCGCAGAGACGUCUCUCACCAUCGACGGCAUCAUCUACGUUAUUGAUCCAGGUUUCUGCAAACAAAAGAGCUACAAUGCAAGAACAGGAAUGGAAUCUCUCAUUGUCACUCCAUGUUCACGAGCAUCUGCCAAUCAGAGAGCAGGUCGUGCAGGAAGAGUGGCUGCUGGGAAAUGUUUUAGGCUGUACACAGCCUGGGCCUUUAAACAUGAGAUGGAAGAGACCUCCAUCCCUGAGAUCCAGAGAACAAACCUGGGCAAUGUGGUUCUGCUGCUCAAAAGUCUUGGCAUAAAUGACCUGAUUCAUUUCGAUUUCAUGGAUCCUCCUCCUCACGAAACACUGGUGUUGGCGCUGGAGCAGCUUUACGCCUUGGGUGCCCUUAACCACCUCGGUGAACUCACUAAGCUCGGCCGAAGGAUGGCUGAACUUCCUGUAGACCCCAUGCUGAGUAAAAUGAUUCUGGCUUCUGAACAUUAUAAGUGCUCUGAGGAGAUUCUAACAGUAGCGGCCAUGCUGUCGGUGAACAACUCCAUCUUCUACCGCCCCAAGGACAAAGUGGUUCAUGCCGACAACGCUCGAAUGAACUUCGUGGUACCAGGAGGAGAUCACAUUGUGCUUCUCAAUGUAUAUACACAGUGGGUAGAGAGCGGUUACUCCACUCAGUGGUGCUUCGAGAACUUCAUCCAGUUUCGCUCCAUGAAGAGAGCUCGAGAUGUCCGUGAUCAGCUGGAGGGGUUGAUGGACCGGAUCGAAGUGGAACUGUCCAGCUGCAGCGGUGAGAGUGUGCCCAUUCGCAAGGCGGUGACUGCGGGAUAUUUCUACCACACGGCACGCUUGAGUAAAGGGGGAUAUAAAACAGUCAAACACCAGCAGACUGUUUUCGUCCAUCCCAACAGCUCACUCUUCGAGGAACAGCCACGUUGGAUGAUCUACCACGAGCUGGUCUUCACCACCAAAGAGUUCAUGAGACAGGUGAUCGAGAUUGAAAGUGGCUGGCUGUUGGAAGUGGCUCCUCAUUAUUACAAGAACAAAGAACUGGAGGACAGCAGCAGUAAGAAGAUGCCCCGCAAACAAGGCAAAGCCCGUGAAGAGCUGGGCUGAUCCUGAGAUCAGACGAGGAAGAGACUCUUCCAGCCAAUAUUUCUACAGACAGGAGAUCAGCGAUCUGAGAAGCUCCAUCAGUGUUCAAUGGGAAAUUAUCAGAUGUAUCCAGUAGCCCCUCACUGCAGAACAAAGAUCCAGGGGGCGGGGUUGGAUCCACAUUUAGGGGGUAGAGAUGGUAGUUUUAGGGGUGGAGAUGGGUGGGUUUAGGGAUCAGGGGGUGGAGACGGGUAGGUUUAGGUAUAUG